GCCGGGCCCGCGCACAGCGCCCGCAUGUACAACAUGAUGGAGACGGAGCUGAAGCCGCCGGGCCCGCAGCAAACUUCGGGGGGCGGCGGCGGCGGCGGCGGCGGCGGCGGCGGCGGCAACUCCACCGCGGCGGCGGCGGGCGGCAACCAGAAGAACAGCCCGGACCGCGUCAAGCGGCCCAUGAACGCCUUCAUGGUGUGGUCCCGCGGGCAGCGGCGCAAGAUGGCCCAAGAGAACCCCAAGAUGCACAACUCGGAGAUCAGCAAGCGCCUGGGCGCCGAGUGGAAACUUUUGUCGGAGACGGAGAAGCGGCCGUUCAUCGACGAGGCCAAGCGGCUGCGAGCGCUGCACAUGAAGGAACACCCGGAUUAUAAAUACCGGCCCCGGCGGAAAACCAAGACGCUCAUGAAGAAGGAUAAGUACACGCUGCCGGGAGGGCUGCUCGCCCCGGGCGGCAACAGCAUGGCGAGCGGGGUCGGGGUGGGCGCCGGCCUCGGCGCGGGCGUGAACCAGCGCAUGGACAGCUACGCGCACAUGAACGGCUGGAGCAACGGCAGCUACAGCAUGAUGCAGGACCAGCUGGGCUACCCGCAGCACCCGGGCCUCAACGCGCACGGCGCCGCUCAGAUGCAGCCCAUGCACCGCUACGACGUGAGCGCCCUGCAGUACAACUCCAUGACCAGUUCGCAGACCUACAUGAACGGCUCGCCGACCUACAGCAUGUCCUAUUCGCAGCAGGGCACCCCUGGCAUGGCUCUUGGCUCCAUGGGCUCGGUGGUCAAGUCCGAGGCCAGCUCCAGCCCCCCCGUGGUUACCUCUUCUUCCCACUCCAGGGCGCCCUGCCAGGCCGGGGACCUCCGGGACAUGAUCAGCAUGUACCUCCCCGGCGCCGAGGUGCCGGAGCCCGCCGCCCCCAGCAGACUUCACAUGUCGCAGCACUACCAGAGCGGCCCGGUGCCCGGCACGGCCAUUAACGGCACACUGCCCCUCUCGCACAUGUGAGGUCCGGACAGUGAACUGGAGGGGGCGGGUUAGAAAUUUUCAAAGAAAAAGAGGGAAAUGGAAGGAGAGCAAGAAACACCAAGGAGAAAAACCCGGUACGCUCAAAAAAAAAAAAAAGAAAAAGUCAUCACCCACAGCAAAUGACAGCUGCAAAAGAGAACGCCAGUCUCAUCCGCACUCACGCAAAAACUGCAAUGCCGGCAAGAAAACUUUUAUGAGAGAUCCUGGACUUCUUUUGGGGGGACUAUUUUUGU